AUGAAUAACAAUAAAAGAUAGACAAUAGAAGAUGCUAUGAGAGCAGAGUAGAUCUCUUAUAAUCCUCAGUAAUCUGCGUAUUAAAACUAUUAUGGAUAUAACCAAUAUAUGCCAUAUGGGUACUAGCAAAUGAUGCCCAAUCAAUAUUAAUAUAAUCAAUAUUAUCUCUAUAAUUAUCAAAUGUUGCAGACCCAAAAACAAAACAAUCUGUUGGGUAAUCAAAUUAACACUUAAAGACCCUAGUAAUAGUAUAUCUAACAAUCUAAUCCAGCUUUGAAUUCCCAAUAAAAAGUAUCCUAACCACUUUAACAAGUGAAUCAACUCUAGUCACAGCAGCAAUCAAAUAUUUAAUAGAUUUAAGAUUAAUAACAAAAGGAUGACAUGACCUCUAGAAUCGAGAAAGAGUAGAAUCAGUUUUUACCACCUGUAGAUGUUUCCUAGUUGGAUCAACCUUCAAGAUGGGAGAAUGAAAUAAAGAUUUACUCAUACCUGUACCGGAAGUUAAAUGUUGAAAUGCCUAAUUUAAUUAGUGCGAGAUUUUGUAAUUCCAGAGAAGUAUUUAAUGAACAAUCCUCUGUUACUGUGAAAUAGUAUGUGGAAAGGGCAUUUAAUAAAUGCCAAUCUGAUGAUGAGCGAAAUCUCAUGGAACAAUACUUGAAGGCUACAAUUGCUGAAGCCAAACGUAAAAACGAAUACAGCAUAAGGGAUUGGUCUAAAUUUCCAUUGCCAACACUUUCCAGAGAGAAUCAAAUACGAACUCAGUCCUUAUUCUCUUAAUCUCUCCAAUUAAAACAAAGCACAGCUGUGGCAUUGAAUUCAUUAGGCUAAACAAGUAAAUUUGGGGCUCCAAGUUAAGCCCAGCCUGUUGGACCAGCGUAAACAUCUACUAGUAUUCAAAAUUUGAUGUCUUUAAACGAUUAACUGAAAUAGUAAUAAGUCGAUGCUAUAAAUCAAAAUCAUAUGAAAAAUAAGAAAAUUGACUAUAACAUAGAUUUGGCUAUGUUAUAAAUUGGAAAAUUACAGCCCAAUGCUACAAUUCAGAUUAAAUAACAAUAAAAAUAGAUUAAAAAAAAAAUAGAGGAAGAAGACCAAUUUAUUUCAACUAAUAUGAAAAUUACAGGGACUUGCGAAGACUUAGAAAAACCAUAUUAUAGACUUACUGGUUUGCCAGAUCCUAAUACAAUUAGACCAGAACACAUUUUAAAAAAAGCGUUAAAUCAUAUUCUAGAGAAGUGGAAAAACUAUUAGGCAGAUUAUAAUUUCACAAUCGAACAGUUCAGAUCAAUCAGAUAGGAUUUGUUGGUUCAACAUAUAGAGAAUAGAUUUACAGUCUAAGUGUAUGAAGAAAAUGCUAGAAUUUGUUUAGAAUGCGGAGAUUUCCCAAGAUAUGAAAGUUGUUGGACUAUGUUGUGUGAUUUGUAUGACAUGAUAAGCAUAAGUGAAGGGAAGGAUGCCAAUUUUAUAGGAAAUAAAGUUGAAUUCGAUAGUUAUCGGAUUGUUUAUCUGACAAUGUUAAAUAAAUAGGAUUAAUUAGUCAAGAUAUUACAUUAGAAUUCUGAUGAUCAGAGAAUCAAAUUUGCUCUUGGGAUAAGAGAAUCUUAUAAAUGUGGAAAUUAUGUUAAACUAUUCAAGGAUUAUAAGGAAGCUAGUGAAACCAUGGGAAGUAUAAUAAAUCACUUUUUAGUUAGAAUCAGAGUCAAAGCAUUGAAAUAAAUAGUAAAAACAUAUAUAUCAAAUAUAGAAUUAGAAUAUUUAGCAAGAUUGUUAGCAUUUUAAGAUGUUGAACAAUUCAAAUAGUUUAUGUAAUAUUUUGUAAGAUUUGACGAAACUUUGACAUAUUUAUUAACCAAAUAAAGUAUAAAUGCCUUUGAUAAUAUUAAUUUUGAUAAGCUGAAUGAGUGA